UCCAUGGAUUCAUUUGGGCAACUGCGACCAGAAGAUAACCAGUCAGUAGUGAGCAGAAUGCAGAAGAAAUACUGGAAAACUAAACAGGUCUUUAUAAAAGCGACAGGAAAAAAGGAGGACGAGCAUGUGGUCGCCUCUGAUGCAGAACUGGAUGCUAAACUCGAGGUUUUUCACUCCAUUCAGGAGACAUGCAAUGAACUUCUGAAGAUAGUUGAGAAAUAUCAGCUAAGACUCAAUGUUAUAUCAGAGGAAGAAAACGAACUAGGGCUCUUUUUAAAGUUUCAAGCAGAACGGGAUGCGACUCAAGCUGGCAAAAUGAUGGAUGCUGCUGGCAAGGCACUCUGUUCCUCAGCCAAGCAAAGAUUGGCCUUGUGCACCCCCCUGUCUCGUCUGAAGCAAGAAGUAGCAACGUUCAGUCAGAGGGCAAUUUCUGACACCCUGGUGACCAUUAAUCGAAUGGAGCAGGCACGCACAGAGUACAGAGGAGCCCUGCUGUGGAUGAAAGAUGCAUCGCAGGAGCUUGACCCAGAUACCCUCAAACAAAUGGAAAAGUUUCGAAAAGUACAGAUCCAAGUGAGAAAUAGCAAAGGUUCUUUUGACAAGUUAAAGAUGGAUGUCUGUCAGAAAGUGGACUUGCUUGGAGCUAGUCGCUGCAAUAUGUUAUCUCACUCACUCACUACCUACCAGAGAACAUUGCUUACGUUCUGGGAGAAAACAGCUAAAAUGAUGUCUCAAAUCCAGGAGGCCUAUACUAGCUUUCAUCCGUACCACUUCAGAGCUCUCAAGCGACUACAGGACACUCCAGGCAACCUCACUGCAGACUACAAAGAAGAACAAACAGAGGGCAGUUGUCUCACUGCAGACCUCGAUAAGGUAGCUUUGUCUGAAGAGGAAGAGAGACUUGAGAAAGAGCCAGCAGCUGCCAAGGCUCUGCCUAGAGACUCACUGGAAGGAGAUGAUUUUGAGAAGGAAUUCUCAUUUCUGAACAGCCUCCGAAGCCCCACUUCUUCAAGUGCGAGUGAAUCUACACAGGAAUGCCAGCCGGCCUGUGGGAGCCCCAGUGCUGGUCUCACAUCCCAGGAGCCUUCAGUGGGACCCGGGCCUCUCACCUACACCUCCCGGUUCCUUCCUUCACAGCUCUUUGAUCUCGGCCUUCACACUGAUGGAGCUUUCAACAGCUGGGCCUCCCAAGAGGGAUCAGAACACUCAGAUGCCUUGCCAGUGCCUUCACAGUGCCCAAAGAAGUUAAAAUCCCCCAACAUUGGUAACCAAGAGAUGUCAGCCUGGUUCAAUCUAUUUGCAGACUUGGAUCCACUCUCCAACCCAGAUGCUAUUGGACACUCAGACGAGGAGCUUCUGAACGCCUGACGUCACACCAACUGACGUCACAGGUUCAGGGGUCUUGAGGCAUCAACUGUGCAAUGUUUGCCUUUCUGGAGAGGAGUUCCCACUGCGACCACACACAGAAGCGUGUGUUCAAAACAGUGUCUGCCAGCCAGCGCUGUCAGAGGGUUGGGGCCUCUGAGCAGGCUGUUGUAUUUAUUAUGCUGGAUUUGCAAGCUGUUGAUCAUAUGCGGAAAUUUUUAAAAACUCCCGAGUCUGC